CUCACACCAGCAUUCGGAAUUCCAGCAUUCUUCCGUACGAUUUUCUUCGUCGACUUCAAUGGUGAAGAUGCUUUCGUCUGUAGGUAGAAGAAAAAGCAAGACUGCCUUCGGUUUCGACAUUGCCUUUUCUUACGUUGAUCAAAGGCUUCAAGAUGUUUUGGGCCAUUUCCAGAAGGAUUUCGAUAGAGAGAUUUCUGCAGAGAAUCUGGGGCCAAAAUUUGGCCAGUAUGGAUCAUUUUUACCAAUGCUUCUACGGAAUCCUCUUACGCAAUCACAACAUAAGAGUGUUACAAGUGUACAGAGUAGCAAUAUUCCCCAAUUGCUCAAGAAAUUUGAGAAUAUGCAAUCGACCACCACAAACAAUACCACCCUACCUCUAUGUAACAAAAAGGCACUAAAAAUUCGCCUUAAAAUUGGCGUUGGCAAAGCACCCCAAAGCAAUUCUGUGGGUCAUAGUAGUUUGGAUUUUAAUAACUGCUUGUCAUCUUCAUUUGAGAGUACCCUGGAAAAUAAAGAUGGAAACCAUGAACCGCUCUCUUCAAUGGUGCAGCAGGCCAAGGCAUUGUUAGUAAUUCCUGAGAAUUCUACACUUUCACCCGUUCCCGAUUCUUUGUGCUUAGAAGAGAAGGGCAGCCCUGCUACAAGGAGUAGCAAGACGAGGAUUUAUCACGGUGAAACAAAAUUACAGAAGCAGCCUGCUCGAGAUUCGCACAGAAUUGAGUCAUCACCUGCAUUUGAAGGCAACCCAUUUAUCUUAGAAAAAGAACUACACAAGCAAUACAUGAAGUUGAAUUUGUUAAAACGUUGUCGUAAAGGGCAUGAGAAGCAUAACACGCAAGACUGCUCCAACGUUGCAAAAAAAAGGAAGGAAUACUCUGCAAGUGCAUGUGAAAGCAAUUUGAAUGAGAGUGCAACAGAAAAUAGUGGUGUCUUCUCAAGUGCUUGUCCAUCAACUAAGUUAUUUGGUGAGAUGCAAGACAAAUCCAAUGUUACAAAAAAGAGGAAGGAAUGCUCUACAAGUUCAGGGACAGCUGAUGCGGCAAAUGAAAGCUCACUCGUCAUGUGGCGGAAAGUGGGAUGGGCAGAUGGGGUAACUGAUGAUGUUGUAGGAGUGCAAAAAGAGUCGAGUGAGCCUGAUAAUCUGAAGAAAUUAGUUAAAGCAAGAACUCCGUUUGGAAAGGACUAUUCGCUUGCUGAGAAUACCUUGAAGGAAGCUAUUAAUUUGAAACAUUCAGCUGACCGUUUAAAGAACGGAGAAUCAGAAGUUGAAGUUAGUGGAAUAUAUCUUCAUGCAGCCUUACAAUUUCUACUUGCCGCAUCGAUGUUUGAGGUUCACGACAUGGGAAGUGCAGAACUAGGAGAAAUAACUGAGUCAACAGAGAUCUAUAUUGACACACAAAAGAUCUUGAAGCAAUGCGCCAUUUCCUUUGAGAGGAAUGGGGAGACUGCUGCUGCCGCUCUUGCAUACAAAUGCGUGGAAGUAGCAUAUAUGAGAGUGAUAUUCUCUAUGUGCUCGCAUAUACGUAGAGACAGUCGCGAAUUACAGGCAUCUCUUCAUGGUCAUCCAUUCGGCCAAGAAUCAUUGCCAUUGUCUGCUAUUGAUGUAAAGAAUGUACGUAAGGAUGGCACACCCCCUGUGACUGAAGCCAAGGGGGUCAAGCUGCUUGCCAGCAGACCUACUUGUAGCAGUCUGCAGCUCCUUGAUUAUGCUGAAUAUGUUAGUUCUGCUAUGGACGCUACUCAGAGAUCUCUAUCAGCAUUGAAAGCUGCUCAGUGGAAAUAUGGGUUGAGAGGUAUCGCAGCUCUGUCUGGCUAGCAUUAGAGUAAAAAUCAACAUCUAAACCGUCAAUCACAAAGAUAAAAAUGGACAGAGAUCUCAGCAUUUUGUGGAGACAUUGUUCAGUGGCCCACACCCUUGAAUCCAAAAUUUGAAGCUCCAGCUGUGUAAGUAUGUUAUUUAUGUAUGAAAGCGACCACAGCAUCGAGUGCAUGAUGAAUACAUGCAAAUUGAUUUCUCAACUUUAAAGUGAUUGUUUGGUAUAGGAGAUUCAAUCCCAAAA